AUGUCAUCACAUUUUAAUAUGUUGGUACAUCGUUUUCGUAAUACCCAUUCUGAUAAUAUUUUAAUCGAUUCCAUCGAUAAUGUGAAACGAAAUGAACAACAAAAUUUAAUUAUAAUUGGAUAUGAUAUGACUUUGCUAAAUAUCAUCAACUGGAAUCAAGCAAAAAGAAAAUUCGAGUCCUUUUUAGCUCGUCACUGUAAUAUUGAUAAUAUAGAUAUUGAUGUCUUAGGUAUUGUUUGGAAUGUCAACACUUGUUGGUAUAUUAUGAAUGCAACACCGAGGCUUCGACAAGCGCUGAUACCUCGGCAAGCGCUGACACCUCGACAAGCGCUGAUACCUCGACAAAGUAAUGCUCUUCUUCAUGCAUCAUUGGGAAUUAUUGCUGGUGUUGGUGCUCUUGUUCUCUUGGUUACAAUAUUUAAUCCAGCUCGAAAGUGA